GCCAUGUAAAUAAGAAGAGCUUGAUAAUGUCAGUGUUACAAAAAAACAGAGAUGUCCUUCUCAAGGAGAUCAGAGUGGCGAAAGUGUUGCCGGUGCUGCGAAAACAUCUCCCGGAGCACCUGAUUGGUGAGAUCGAAAAUCAGCUCACUAUCAGAAGGAAGAACGAAAAGAUGUUAGAUAUUUUGAGGAAGCGAGAUGACGGAACAAACCUUCUCAAGAUGGCCCUGGAAUUCUCUUAUCCCAAUCUCAUGCACAUAUUUGACGAUACGAGUUCAGAGGACGAGAAUGCGCCCCCACGACCUCCACCCCCAAAAGCAUCACCCAAAAAGAGCCUGUCCAGAGGAAUUUCAGAGGAUUUGUUCAAAAACUCAGCUCGGCCCGGUGACUACAAAGCAAACAAUAGCAACAACACUAGUAAACCGGAAACUGUUGUUCCUAAAGUUAUGCCCAAGCCUAAAAUUACUCCAAAACCCAAAGUUGUGAUCACUCCCCGACACCUUGCUCCAACUUCUAAUGGUGCACCGGCUCCAGUGCCAAAUAAAGAAGAUGACAAUCGUAUCAAAGAACUGCAAGCUGAAAAUGGGAAACUAAAAAAAGAAAUAGAAGAUAAGAACAGCAAGUUAGCUGGAUUGGAAAAGAUCAAAGCCGAUACCGGGUCGGCCCGAGAAUUAGGCCGACUGAAAACUAAAUACGAGAACCUUGAACGGGAAAAAGAUAUGGUCGUCACAGAAAAAUUGGCAAUGGAAACAGAACAAAGUAUAAUCCUAAAAGAGAACGAGUUCUUGAAGAAGAUGAAAGCGUCAGCAGUAAGUAAGAGGGAAGCUGUCCAACAUUUGGAGGACAAAGAUUUGGCUGAACAAGCGAGGGAUGAAGCUUUGAGAGAAAAUCAGAAGCUCAAGCGAGAGAUGGACGACUUACAGCGCCAAGUUGGUGAUGUUACCUACCAGAAAGAUAUCCGCGAAGAUGAGCGGAGAAGAGAAGCCCGUGAUAAAGCUAGACUGGAGAAGGAAUGUGAAUCUCUUAGAGAAGAGCUCCAAGAGGAGAGGAAGCACGCUACGAAACUGUCCAGUAGUUCAGUGACACUGUUGCAGUACGAGAAGCUACAAGAUGAGCUCGAUAACACGAGAAAAGAGGUGAAAUCUGCAAUAAGAGAAAGGGAUGCGGCUGUUCAAGAUAAGAAUACUCUGCUGAUGGAGCGCAAGUCAGGAGAGUCUGCAGAGAUCAGGAAUCUUCAAGAGAAACUCUCGCAGUUAAACCAAAAUGUCGCUAAAAUAACCGAUGAGAAGAACAACAUCGCGUUUGAGAAUGCAAUGGUAACAGACCAGCUAAAUGCCACUGUUGCUGAAGCAGAUGAACUGAAGAACGAGAGGAAACAGUUAAUCGAGCAAAACGAUCUGAUGAGAAGUGAUAUUGAGCAUCUGUUGAAGGAAAGAGAGGAGAUUAUGGAUGAGUUAGAGGAGACUAAGAAAGCUAUGAGCGGCACUUCUGGAGAGAAAGAAGAGGCAAUCGCAGCAUUGAGACAGAGCUUGAACAAUCAGCAGAGUAUCUCUGAUACAUUUGAGGCUAAGUUCAACGAGACAGAACGAAAGCUCAUUUUGUUGGGCCAGGAAUUCAAAACGGUUGCGGAGAGAGAAGAAGCAUUAGUUGGGGACCGAGACACGUUACAACAAAACUUAGACACUGUCCAAGGGAAACUAGAUCAGUUGACCCAGGAGAGGAACACUGCAAUGAGUGAUUACGACCAGAUUUACAAAGAAUGCGAGGAGCUCAAGAGAGACACGGUGGCUGCAGUGGAUGACAAGGAAAUGAUCGCCGCUGAUCACCAGCAGGCACUGGACGAGAUAGAGAAGCUUCACAACCACAUUGCACAGUUGGAGCGUGCUCCACAACAACAACAACAACAACAACAACAACAACAACAACAACAACAACAACAACAACAACAACAACAACAACAACAACAACAACAACAAGCUCCUCCACCAGUAGCAGUUGAGGUUAUACGAUCAGUGGCAGCAGCACCUGAGCGUGUUGCCUCCCCACCGCCAGCACCUGCUUCUUUUGUUCCUGAAGACGAGGACUUCAUUGAGGACAGAGAUUGGAGAAGUGAGAUCAAGGUUAUCUUGCUGAACAAAGCUCAGCACAAAGCUAGAUCCUUUGGCUUUACCAUUGGAGGUGGUAUUGAUAACCCCCAUUAUAAGGAUAAUCCUGAGGACUCACAUAUCUACGUGUUACGAGUCCAGACAAACGGAGUCGCGGACGGAGUCCUGCACCGUGAUGAUGCUAUACUUUCUGUCAACGGUAACGAUCUCUCUAAAGUAAAGCACGAGUACGCAGUCAGCACCCUCACCAGUUCAGGAGAGUGUAUUGAGUUGGUCAUUAGGAGGAAGUUCGUUCCGGAGCUCAUCAAGAUCAUCAACCUGUCGCCAUUCCUAGACAGAGGGCUAGGUUUUAGUAUCAUCGGUGGUAAGAGUGAAGAUGUGACCCAGGAUCCUGGUAUAUACAUCGCCAAGGUCCUGCCUGGUGGAGCCGCUGAAGCUGAGGGUAUUCUCGACAAACAGGACAGAAUACUGACCAUUAACGGAUCUUACGUGGUGAAUGUGAGCCGCAAAUAUGCGGAGGGUUUGUUGAGUAACCUGGAUGAUCAGUGUGUACUGAGAGUGGUAAAGCCUUUCUCCACUCUACCCUAUGAUAUAGAUGAUGUAGAUAACGUAGAUGGUGCAAUGCCAGGUCCAGCUAGGGACUAUAAGAGAGGUCGCUCCACGGAGGAUCUCAGACGACCUAUGUCACCUGAUCAGGACUUAUUCGGACCACCUGCUAACUUCAAGGAUACACGUGGUAUGAACAGAGCUGGAUCUACUCCGCAGCUCCACGAUGAUCGGCUCUAUCAGAAUCACAUGCCACCUCCAGUAGACCCACUUAAGAGGUCUUCAUCUCAAGGACAUCUGUUGAAAAACAGACCUGAAGCGGGACAUGAUCUACAGCGAUCCAGAUCGCAGGACUGGGCUCCUCCCCAUAUGAUGGAUCCUAGGAAUUUCGCGCCGUCUUAUGCCAUGCGCCGUAUUAACAUCAGGCGACCUAAUGCUCAAACAUCUCUCGGAUUGGAAGUUUACACUGCAACUUCGGGACAGAGCGGUAUAUUUGUAAACAAAUUAGACAAACUAGGCCUCAGCUUCAAAUCAGGACUACGAUGUGCGGAUCAAAUUCUUGAGGUCAACGGCAGGAAUCUGCGGAAUGCAACUCACGACGAAGCUGUCGGUAUUCUCUCUUCAAGCGUAAACUUGAAUCUAAUCUGCCAACAAAAUCCUAAGCAGUUCGGAGAGAUGCAUCAAAGCAUGAGAAGCGGUUUCUUUGUACGAGCUCUCUACUCGUUCAGCUUAGGUCUGGACUCAGGGCUGAGUUUCAAAGAAGGUGAUGUGUUCCAUGUAGUAGAUCGCGAGAGUAUGGAGCAGGAAGGCUGGUGGCUAGGGCUACUACUGCGCGGCGCCACUGCAGUGCAAUGUGGUGAGAUCCCAUCCCACCACCGCGCAAUCCAGUUCAUUCAACAGAAGUUCGGUCCUCCCGCAGACCAGCAAGGAGGGAGAAAGGGCAAGAAGUCUCUGCUAGGGGGUGUGUUUAAGAAGGGAGAUGGUUUGAGUCAGUCUGGAAGUGUAGACGAUCAGCUUAACGCUAGUGAUAUCAUCCCUUACGAGCCAGUACUCAGGAAGGAUCUCAGCUUCUGUCGACCCAUUAUUAUUCUUGGGCCCCUGACAGAGCUAUUGAACGACCGUCUUGUUAACGACUGUCCCGAAAUGUUCAACAGAUGCAUUCUGUAUACGACAAGACCGCCAGACAGAGACGAAGUUAACGGUCGUGACUUCUGGUUUGUCUCGCAGCAACAAAUAGAAGAUAUACAAGCUGGUAGAGAAGACGACAAGUUUGUGGAAUGCAGACACAUCAGCGGACACACAUAUUACUACAGCGGCAACGCUAUUAAAGAGGUAGCAAAAGCGAACAGGCACUGUGUGCUAAACGUCGGCAUACACUCCAUAGACAGACUGCAUUCGGUCGAUCUCUUCCCUAUCGUAAUAUUCGUCAAGUUUAAAUCAGCUCAAGACAUCAGACAGCAGUUUAAUGAGCGCUGUUCGAUUGAGCAAGCGCAGAAAGUCUUUGAAAAAGCGGUCAAGUUGGAACGCGGUUUCAGCGAUAAAUUUAGUGCAACGUUUAGUGGGGUUUCUAUGGAGGAAGUGUUCCUGAAAAUCAAAGACUAUAUCCGUGACAAUGCAGCAAACGUCAUGUGGGUUCGGCAGAGCAAUCAAUGAAUAAUAAUGCGAUAGAUACUAUCGUUUAAAGACCAUAUUUGGCGGGACAAUAUCUGGUGAUAACCAUAUUUGGAGAUGUCAAUCGCGUCAUUAUGUUGCCAUCACUAACUCUGCCUCUCAUAAGCAUGCUGCUCGAUUUCUUUCAUUCUUCAGUCCUUGUUAUAAAACCGAAUAAUAUUAAUAUCAUUUUUAUGUUGAUUACAUUUACAUGGUAAUUUGUGUGUAGUAGAGUUAUAUUCAGUAACAGAUUGAUAGAGAAAUUCUACCAAACCAAAUGGUUUAAUAUUUAGAUUUAUUGUUUUAAGUUUUACCCCUACAAUUCAGAUAAUUUUCAUCAUCGAGUUUUACAGAUUAUUUAGGGCUACGUUGAAUACCGUUUCUCAAAAUUUCGGGUUUCAGACUUCAUUUUUAGAAUUUCAGACAGAUUAAUUUGAUUUAAAUGACUUCUUAACAUAAUAUUCGUUGUUACACCGUGUUUCACGUUUUCAUCGAGUUUGAAUUCUAUGAUAGCUUGUCAAUACAUUUUUAUAUAAUAUAUAUUAUAUCAAUCGUGAUUUAUAUUGGUAAAGUUUAGGAUUAGUUGUUAGCAUAUGCGUAUGAUUCUUUGAAUGAAACUAUAUUUGAAAUAGAGCUGGUUUUAAGAUAACAAUUUUAUCAUAAUUAUAUCCAAAAUGUUUUGGACAUUAAGCUGAUUUUUGUUUGAGAUUCAUUAUCGUCAUUUAACACAUGGUGAGAUGAGGACAGUUGACUU